UCUAACGAUUUUGUCUGUGGGGUCCUUCUUGAUCUUCCUGUAGGUGGCUGGGUCCAGUAAGUUCAUCAUUUUGUCGUCGUAUUCUUUCCUGUCCAUAACAACGGUGGCAUUCCCCUUGUCUGCUGGUAACACGACGAUUUCUGAUUUUUCUUUUAUAGAUCGGAGUGCCUUCUUUUCACCAACCGUCAAGUUGGAUUUUGGUGGUUUUGCUGACUUCAAUACUCUCGCAACUUCUUGUCGGAUCUCUUCGGCUUUCAGUGCAGGCAUCCCUCGAACAGCUGCUUCCACUUCGCAGAUGAUUUCCUCCUUUGGGACCUUCUUCGGGGCGAUUGCGUAGUUCAAUCCUUUGGCGAGCACAGAGGUUUCGUCUUUCGUUAGUGGGACAUUCGAUCUGUUAAUGACGAUUGUUUCUACUGGUAAACUAUUACUUUUCUUCUUUUGCGACCGGCGUUCCAGAGAUUCAAACUUCUUGAUGUGUGUGUCACGGGUCUUCUGAAAUUCGCGAUUAGCCUUCUCCAUUGUUAGUCUGUCCACUUUGUCCCAGUCUUCUCCGGAUAUACAAUUGGAAAGUGAGAGGUGGAGUCGUAGUAACUUCUCACUUAUUUUUUGUAGAUCAUUGAAGGUCUUGUGGAUUCUUUCUCGUAGCAGUGCUUGUUCUGUCCUAAUCAAAAUUCUACGUGCUGCAGCGGAGUCGAUGUGGUGCUUCACCUUCAAGAAGGUUGGCGUUACUUUCUUCUCUCUGCAUCUUCGUAAAAAGGCCAAACUGCUCAACAGCUUGCGUUGUCUAAUUCGUGAGUUAUCCAAAUCCUUGAUUUGUUUGUUGAUAUCCUCCCCAUAAAGGUUAAUAAUAUAAGUACGAAGGCUUUCACGGCCUUCGUACGAAAGUUUCUAGUGUUAGUUCUAAUUUUAGUUUAAUUCACACCGGCCGUGAAAGCCUUCGUACUUAUAAUAAUUUCUUAGUUAUAAUAAUCUUAGUAGAUAUGAUUCUUUUGGAUCUAUCUAAUUUAUAUGCAUUAAUUUGGUUUACCUUUAGUAUAUCUGCAAGGUGAUCUGAUUACGUCUUCCAUUAUAUAAAAAGAAAAUCAAAGAUCGUUUUUUUGUGAUUAAUAAAUACUUUUGCUAUCAUCCAAAAAAAACACUUCAAUUUAAUUUUUAUCUUUUUUUAUAAAUUUAAAAGGAAAAGUACAAAAGUUUUAGAAGUACACCAACCUUUCCGUUGGUCAAGUUGAAAUUGAAUUAAUUACACCAUGAAAAUCGCAAUAAUUAUAAGUGUGUUUUUAGUCUCUUCUAUUAUUUCUUGUUCUUCCGCUUCGAACGCAACUAAAGAUUUAAAUCCAGAAGAUUAUAGAUUACCGAGGAAUGUUGCUCCAAUUCAAUACGAAGUUUUGUUGGUUCCAAACUUUGAAACUGAUACUUUCGCCGGAAACGUAGUCAUCUAUAUUAAUAUUUUAGAAGCAACCAGCUCAAUUACGUUACAUUCAAGAGAUCUAAAAAUUUAUUUGGAAAAUAUUAAUUUUAGUUGUGCAAAAGCUGGGGAUUUUUAUCCAGUUUCCAUUGAAUUUUCUGAAGAUGAUCGACAAUUUUUUAUAAUUAAUCUUCCAGUUACUCUUGAAUCAGGGGAUGUUUGCACUUGUAUGAUUUACCAAUUCGAAGGGAUUUUACACGUCGAUCAUGAAGGAUUUUAUUUGGCUAAAUACACCAAUGAAGAUGGUGAAGUGCGAAAAUUGGCAACAACACAAUUUCAACCCACAGCAGCUAGAAGAGCGUUUCCGUGUUUUGAUGAACCCGCCAUAAAAGCUUUCUUUAAGUUUACCAUUAUGAGACCACACGAUUAUAUAAGUAUUACAAACACCGAAUUGAGUUAUUCAGAGGAAGUCAAUGAUGUUAGUGUAGUUGACUUUUUUCAACAAUCCCAUAACGUGAUGUCAACGUAUUUGGUGGCCAUCGUUGUUGCUGAUUUUAAGUACGUACAAGAUGGGAGUCAUAGAGUUUUGGGCAGACCACAAUUCAUUAACGAAGGUCGGGGAAGUUAUGCUUUAUCCCAAAGUAAACCUUUACUUUAUGGAAUUGAAGACAUCGUUAAUGUUGAUUAUAGUUGGCCUAAAAUGGAUCAAGUUGGGAUACCAGAUGAUUAUUUUUGGGCUGGAGCUAUGGAAAAUUGGGGACUGGUAACUUAUAGGGAAUCAUUAUUACUCUACAAAGAAGGUUUGACAUCAAGCCAAGGUAAACAAAACAUAAUUUUAAUUAUGGCUCACGAAUAUGGUCACAAAUGGUUUGGAAAUCUGGUAACACCAGAUUGGUGGAAUGUUUUAUGGGUUAGCGAAGGUUUUGCAAGUUAUUUCGAUUAUUUUGGACCGGCAAUUGAUACGGUUGAACCUGGAAUGGAAAUGGAUGCACAAUUUGCUAUAAGACAUACUCAAAAUGCUUUAAGACAAGAUAGUGCGAUGAAUACAACCCCGAUGCGCCGAGAAAUAAACAGUGUUAGCACACCAGCUGAAGUCAUGAGCAUGUUUAAUUUUGUUGUUUAUCCAAAAGCUGCGUCAGUUAUAAGAAUGGUGGAACAAAUUUUAACAACUCCCGUUUUUCGACUGGGGUUAACAAAUUACUUAGACACGCUCCAAUACACCACAGCUAUUUCUGAAGAUUUAUAUCGGUUUUGGCAAGAAGCUGUUGAUUCCAGCGGGAUUUCUUAUUUACCACAAUACGAAAAUGUAUCAUCAAUAAUGUUAACGUGGGAAUUAAAUGCUGGUUAUCCUUUACUUACUAUUAGCAGAAAUUAUGCCACCGGUAAUGUUAAUUUUGAACAACGAAGAUUUCUCGAAACAAAUGUCGACGAUCCAUCAAUUUGGAGCAUCCCAAUAAGUUAUUCAACCACAUCCUUCUUAAAUUUCGCCAAUACAGAACCACUAACCUGGCUUCUUGAUCGAUUUGAUUCAGAAUCACUCGAUAUCUCAUCAAAUGAAUGGUUAAUUGUAAAUAACCAACAAUCGGGAUAUUUCAGAGUUAAUUAUGACAUUACUAAUUGGUAUUUGAUCAUCAGUUAUCUAAAUACAGUUGACUUCGACUUGAUUCAUCGAAAUAAUCGUGCCCAAUUAAUCGACGAUUCAUUCACUUUGGCUCGAUUUGGUGUUAUAGAUUAUUUCAUUCCUUUAGAUUUGAGUUUAUAUUUAAUAAGGGAAACAGAUUUUAUUCCUUUAUGGCCGUAUUUCCAAACACUUUCUUUCUUGGAUAUUUACAUGCAAAAUAGUGCAUUUUUAACGCAAUACAGGAAUUAUUUCCAAGGCGUUUUAAGCACCGCUUUUAACACGGUUGGAUUGAGCGAAAAUUCCAAUGAUAGUCAUUUAGUGAAGUUAUUGCGUCCACAACUUUUGCAUUGGAUAUGUAGACACGGACAUCUUUCGUGUCGAUUCCAUUCCUUGACGGAAAUUCGUAAUUGGAGAGAUAAUGGAGUUUUGGUUCCUCCAAAUGUUCAAACGGUUUACGCUUGUUCUGCACUUAGAGUUGGAAACCAAGGGGAUUUCGAUUUCCUUUACAACCUAUACUUAACUUCUGAACUUCAAGUUCGCGAAAGAAUGAUACCGGCUUUGGGUUGUGCCGAAAAUGAGGAAGUUUUGGAAAAUUAUUUAAACAUUAUUUUGGCGGAGAAUAGCACGAUUUUAUCACAAGAUCGUUUGCCAGCUUUAAACGCGAUUCAUGGAGCUGGUUCUAUUGGACUUGAAUACUUUUAUUCAUAUUUUAAACAAAAUUACGGUUUAUUUAGGGCGAGAUUUUCUGAAAGUCAAUUUAGAUCUAUUGUUAAUUCGUUAGCGAAUCGGUUUACAACAGAAACUCAAUUACAAGAUUUCCGUGAGUUUUCAACUCUUUCCGAUGCAGCUGAAUUAUUUGAAACAGCUAUUAACAACACUUCAUCAAACGUGCAAUGGGGUACAAGAAAUGUUCCACGCAUUGGAGCUUGGCUUACAACAAGAAGUAAUGUUUUGUAAUUAAAAAUGUAAUUAUAAAUUAAAAAUAACUAAUUCAAGCAAAAAUAACUUUUUUAAUU